CCCCGGAAGUCGCGGGAGGCGCGUCGGCGGCGGCGUCGGGAGCCGGUGAAAGAUGGCGGAGGGCGGUGGCGGCGAGGCGGGCGAGGAAGAGCCGAGGACGCCGGGGCCGCGGCCCCCGAGCGCGCGGGACUUGCAGUUGGCCUUGGCAGAAUUAUAUGAAGACGAAGUGAAAUGCAAAGCUUCCAAACCCGAUAGACCUAAAGCUACAGGCUUUAAAAGCCCGCGAACACCACCUCAAAGGUUCUAUUCAAGUGAACAUGGAUACAGCGGAUUACAUAUAGUUCGCCCUUCAACUGGGAAAAUUGUGAAUGAACUCUUCAAAGAGGCAAGAGAACAUGGGGCCGUCCCUCUGAAUGAAGCCACAAGAGCUUCAGGUGAUGACAAAUCUAAGUCUUUUACAGGUGGAGGAUAUAGAUUGGGUAAUUCCUUUUGUAAGCGAUCUGAAUACAUCUAUGGAGAAAGUCAAUUGCAAGAUGUUCAGAUUUUGCUGAAACUCUGGAGCAAUGGUUUCAGUUUAGAUGAUGGAGAAUUGAGACCUUACAGUGACCCAACAAAUGCCCAGUUUCUGGAGUCUGUUAAGAGAGGAGAGAUUCCCCUGGAGCUUCAGCGGCUGGUCCGUGGCGGCCACGUGAACUUGGAUAUGGAGGACCAUCAGGAUCAGGAGUAUGUUAAGCCCAGGCUGAGGUUCAAGGCUUUCAGUGGAGAGGGACAGAAACUUGGAAGCCUCACACCCGAAAUAGUCAGCACGCCGUCCUCCCCAGAAGAAGAGGAGAAGUCUCUGCUCAGUGCAGUUGUUCUCAUUGAUGAUUCAGUGCCAACGACAAAAAUUCAGAUCAGAUUAGCCGACGGGAGCCGCUUGAUACAAAGAUUCAAUAGUACACACAGGAUCCUGGAUGUUCGGGACUUUAUUGUACAGUCCCGUCCCGAAUUUGCAACUCUUGACUUUAUUCUCGUGACUUCAUUUCCAAACAAAGAGCUAACAGAUGAAAGCCUGACACUACAAGAAGCAGAUAUUCUUAACACUGUGAUACUCCAGCAACUAAAAUGAUACUGCUCCUGCCCAUGCAGUAGCACGUAGGAACAAUAAUGUGCCAUAUUAGUGAGGAAAAUACCUAGAGCGUAAAAAAUUAUUUUUAUUAUUUAUACAGAUGCAUUUUGGUUUUAUUCUUAUUCUGUCGUCUAGCUUUAGCAUAGAUGAAUUUGGACUAGGAAUAGAUUUUGAGGUAAAUAUGUUUGAGGUUUUAGUUGCAAGGGCUGUCUUCUGUUGAUAGAUUGUAAAUAUUCAGGCAGGCCAAUUUGUUACAUGCUCAGUUAAUGUAAUAGCAUUUGUUUGCAGAGAAAAUUAACAAAACCCCAUUUUGAUAAAUGCAUUUGGUGAAUUUGCACUAAAGUUCUUGAUGCUGCAUUGAUUAACAGCCAUUAAGAAAUCCUCUGAUCUGAUACUUUGAAAAUUUUUCUGUAGUGCAAUGCUAAAAAGUAUCUCUAUUCUGAUCUUGAAAUACUUUGAUCAAACAGUUAUUCCUCCUAUUAAGAUUUACACAUCCUUUUUACUUGCUGAUUUAGCUACUUUACUCUUGCCAAAAAAUACAGUUUAGACUUAAAAUAUUUUCCAGAACUAUGACCAUCAUAAAUGAGAAACAAAGACAUCAAGGCCAGCAGUUCUUGAGAAGAUGUGUAAGACUCUGUUUUGAAAUAGAGCAGUUACAGUCUCUCAGAGCCUACCUUGAUCACAUUCAUUUGUUCAUUCAACACAUUUGUCUAGGGUCCAGGACCCACUGUUUCUACUAAACACUGUUCUAAGUGUUCAACCCAGAAUGUAUUCUGCUCUGAGGCAAAACAAGUGUAGACAUUCAGGAGUGUAAAUCCUGUCGGCCAGACUGGAUCUGAAGAAUUACCAGCAUGAAUGUCUGCCUACGUGCUGAAGCCACGUUUUUCCUGAUGGUGGAGGCUACAGCAGGAAUGAAAGAAAGGCUUUUUCGUCUUCCCAGAUACCAUUUCAUCUUUAGUCACCACUCCGGGUUAGUUGUUUAUGCUGCUGUAACAAGUUACUACAAAUUCAGUGGCUUAAAAUGGCCCAGGUUUCUUAUACUUCCAUAGGUCAGACGUCUCAGAUGGGCCUCAGCAGCUGAAGUCAGGUGCCAGCAGGGCUGCGUUCCUUUGGGGAGGCUCUAGAGGAGAAAUGUCUCCUUGCCUUACAGUUCUAGAGGCCACUGCAUUCCUUGGCCUGUGGCUUCCUUUUUCUGUCUUCACAGCCAGCAACGUUGUGUCUCUCUCCCUCUUCUCUGUUCAUCACAUUUCUUUGACAACAGCCAGGAAAGGCUCUCUGCUUUUAAGGACUCAUGUAAUUAGAUUGGCUCUACUGGAUAGUCUGGGAUUAUCUCCCCAUCAUGUGGUCCAUAGUAGCCCCAAAUCCCUGAAGUCCCCUUUGCCAUGUAAGGUGACAUGUCACAGGUUUCUUCUGGAGGCACCAGGGGUGGUCUGUUCUUUGCCUCUUUCACCUCAGAGACACUGCUGGCACCCCUUCACUUACGGCUGUAUCCCUCGGAUCCACUUCUGUCCCGGCAUCUUUUACUACAGGCUUUUAUUCUCUGGCUUUCUUCUUACAGGGACCCUAGUGGUUACAGUUGGUUAGCCUGGUCAUUCAGGGUGAUCUCAUCUCAAAGUGCUUAACCUCAUCACAUCAGCAAAGUCUCUUCUACCACAUAGGGUAACAAAUUCGUAGGUUUGGGGAUUAGAAUGUGAACACUUGAGGAAGCGCUAUAUCCACCACAGUCCACUCCCGCCUGGAGAUUCACGUUCCACAUAAACAUCUCCCCUUCCCCAAGUGCUCGGAAUCCUUGGUCCAUUACAACAUCAACCUAAAUUGCAAAACCUUAACCUGCAUCUCACCAGCUCAGAGGUCCCAAAACUCACUUAAAUCAUCUCAGUCAAGUAGGAGUGAGGGAGUUCCUGUCGUGGCGCAGUGGUUAAUGAAUCCGACUAGGAACCAUGAGGUUGCGGGUUCGAUCCCUGGCCUUGCUUCAGUGGGUUAAAUAUCCAGCGUUGCCGUGAGCUGUGGUGUAGGUCACAGACGCGGCUCAGAUCCCACGUUGCUGUGGCUCUGGUGUAGGCCAGUGGCUACAGCUCCGAUUCCACCCCUAGCCUGAGAAUCUCCAUAUGCCACAGGAGCGGCUCUAGAAAAGGCAGAAAGACAAAACAAAAAACAAAAAAAAACAAAAGUAGGAGUGAGGAUCGGAGUAUGAUUCCUGGGACAAGGUUUCUCCAGCUGGGCCCCUGUGAACCCAGGAAACCGGUUAUCUGCUCCCAAAUAUAAUGAUAAGACAGGCAGAGAAUAAUAGUUGCAGACAUUCCUGUUCAAAAAAACAGAAGAUGGAAUGAAAAAGAAGGAGCCACCAGUGUCAAGCAGUUGGGAAGUUGCACCAGGCACUGCAUUAGGUUCAAAGCCAGGGAGUAUCUGUGCCCACAGCAGCAUCCUCUAGGCUUGAGACUGUCACUCAGUCACCUCUUUUUUUCCCAUGCUGGGGGCACUCAGUGUUUACAGCUGAGUAAUCUUUUCAGCUUAUUUCUUGCCUGUGGAAUUGUGGGCAGCCCAGCCUCCUUUUUUCAUUCAUAGAACCGCUGUCCCUUUUGGUGUAAUGGCAGUGUGUGCUGGUGUAACUUUCUCAAGAAACAUAUAGAUCUUCUGUGUAUGUUACAAGAGAUUCACUCCAUUAAACUAGAGGCUACUACACAGAACUUUCCCAGCUAAUCCAGUUCACAUUUUUGGCUUUUUCUGAGAUGGCUGAAGGGGCCUUUGAGUAACACCCUUAAUCUCUUCAAAGAGCCUUUUAUGUGACCUUUUUUUAUCUUUCUCUGGUACUAGCAAGAGGUCAUCCAGUGCACUGUUCCGUCUUCCCUAGAGCAGGCUUUCUGGGCAGUGAAUCUCUUCGUUUUAAUGCCUUUGUCUUUCAAGUAAGCUGAGAAGUUCCAAGUCAUUACGCCCUGUUUCUUUUUUUAACGGCCCUUCCCUCAACUUACCUAUUUCCUCUCACAUCCUCCUAUAAUCUGUAAGAAGAAAGCAGGCUGCACCUGUUAACACUUUGUUCCGAAAUCUCUUCUGCUGAAUAUCUGAAGUUUCUCCUCAGGACUGAGUGCUUUCUGUCACUGCAGUCACAGCGCAGUGGAGCUUUUGCCACCAUAUCGCGGGGACUCUCUUUGCCUUCACUUUCCAGCACGUGUUGCUCCUUCCUGACUCCCCUCACCAGCAGCGCCCUUAACGUCCUCAUUUCAGUAACCUUGCCCUUCUUCCCAGCAGCGCCGGUGUCCUCUGUGCGCCCCUCACCUCCUCAGCACCCUCGCUGCUGUCACCGUCCAUGUACCUGCUCACAGUGUUCAAGACAAUCUCAGCUCUCUCUGCCGCCCUCCGGGGUUCUCCCACCUGCUGCCCAGAGCCCAGUUGCCAAAGCCGCCUCCGCGGUUGUCGGCAUGCGUCACAGUGGCACCCGGUUCCCGGUGGCCAGAGACGCCUGCCUGCCUGUUCACUGCCAGUUGACCUGAAUGUGCCAAUAGGAGCUUCGGACUCCACCUGUCUCAGGGGCUUGGGUGGCUUCAGGGAGCUGCACUUACCUGCGGGUGGGGCGGGGGGUGGCGGCUGCGGCCGGAAGCGCCCCCCUGGAAGCGGUGCCCUCGCUGCCACCACGCGGAGAGUUUCCACCUCGGUGUCAGCGUCGGGAUAGAGAGAGAAGCGGUUCCCAAGUCUCCUCCUUACGGGAGGAGGCCCUGUGCCCGCCAGUAACUGAAAUCGACCCAGAGAACAUAGAACACACACACGACAUCACCGAAAGCCAGUCUUUGUGCAGAAAGGUGACCAAGGGAAAACUAUUCUCAAGGAGCAAAAUCGUUUUCCUAAGGAAAUAAUCUAUUGAAACAAAUGCACAUUUUUAAGCAAAAGGGCAUUUCCCUGUUUUUGAUUAAGAAAAUGGAGGAAAAAAAAUAACCAAACCCUGUGGAAGACUAUUUGACAUUUUAUUCUUGCAGUUUCUUUUUAAUCAGUUAAACGAGUGCCUACAGAUGCACAUACAGAAACAACUGCCACUUCUGUACAUACUAGUCUUCCAGAAUAGGUUCCCGUGGGGGGAGAAUUAAACAUCCAGAGGAAAGAACCACUUGUCGUGUUCUGCAGAGGGUUUUGCUUCAUAUAGAAUUCUCCUGAAUUCUUUUUACUGUUGUAGUCAUUGUAACUUUUAAAAUUUAUGAUCAUCUCUGGAAAGAUUGUUAACAAUGAACAGACAACCAUGUGUGAUGUCAGUUGUUUUGCAUGACAUGUAAAAAGUUUUAAGUGUCUGCUUACCAAUAAAGAAUGUUUUCCCUGAAAGUCAUUGAAAAUCCUUUUCAA